GGAGUGGGACGAUGUUGAAAAGUUUGUGGAAUGGGAGUUGAAAGAGAUGUUGAAACACUCCACCCAUGUACCCUAUGUACGUCCGUGACCCUACCAAGAACUUGUAUUACUGGACUGCUGGCAGACGAUUUUUUUUUUCGAGGCAUGAGACUACAAAUUAAGCUUCCGGUUUAGUCACAUUAUUUGUUUAGGCUCGCCGAGACUAACAACGGAGGCUAAGCGUUGGUCUUGGCAGACAGACAGCAGUCCUGCAAGACACGCCCACAUAUCCCAUCAGGCCCCUGCCCCUUGCUGACCUUGACCCGCUACACUGCGCAGAGUUACCUGUGCAUGACAUACUGUUGCUGCUAUAAAUACUGGCAAGAAAGGUCGCUAUAGGUGCGAUGUAGGCUAUACAAACCCGAUACAAACGAUCCCGCGACAACUUAUUUUUAGUUGUUUUUUUUCUUCUCAUAAGCCGUUGCCUUUGAACUGCAGCCGUCGCACUCUAGCAGCUGGCAAAGGACAGAAAUAGCGCCACCUAGCAAGCGUUGUGUUCACGACCGUGUCCUCAAUUUAAAUAAUACCGUUGCUGGUGUCGAAGUUCCUGGGACUUUUCCGUUCGGGGAAUUUCUUUAUUUGACAAAGGUUCAGACGAGGAAUGGAGCUGAGAUUCGAAAGUCACCGAGCUGUGCAGAUGAGUGUGGAAGAUUCCCAGGGGAAACUAUCAGCUCGUCUGAAGGGCUGCAGCGAUGGCCAGAAGGGGGACGCACAAAACACAGAGACCAAGAAUCCUGUUACUGAUAUUCGCCCUGCAGUCUGCCCUCAUCUGUCUCGCGCAAGAUCCCAAUCACUGCUGGACAGAGAGGCACGACGCAGGUUCCAUAACUCACCCUUGCUUUGGCGAGGGCUUUUGCUUUUGCAGCAACACUACGGCCGACUGUUCAUCGCAUCAUGGCCUCCUGACCUACGUGCCUCGUCUUCCUAUCGAAGUCCAGGUCCUCAACUUCUCCAGCAACAACCUGUCUUAUAUAUCUAACGAUUUUUUUUUCAACGUGUCCCAAGUGUGGUUGCUGGAUCUCUCCAACAACGGCUUAAUAUCUGUAUCGUCUAGAGCUUUUCAGGGACUACAUCAUUUGACUACUCUCCUUCUAAACGGUAACCAUUUAAGUCGUGAAGCACUGGGCCAUGUUUUCCGAAUUCAGUCCUUGUCGAGGCUGGAAAUACUGUGCAGUGGCUUAAGUCAGGCAGACUUAAACAUCUUUUCUAGGAGCACUCUGAGGGAGCUGGACGUGUUGAACGUUAGUCUAAACAAUAUUGGUUCCUUUUAUAUGGGACAUCUGCAGCCUUUGAACAGUCUGCACAUGUUCAUUGCUCAGGCAAACCAACUGUACAACCUCACUACCUCACGACUGGAGAACCUGAGGUUUCUAGACCUGCAGUACAAUCGUCUCUUUGACUUCCCGAAGUCAUGCGAUCCGGACACUGGAGAAUCCCUUUUCCCCAACCUCGAGCAACUUCUACUGGAUUUCAACAUGAUUUCUUCGAUAACGGAUCCUGUCUGUCUCCCAAAGUUGUAUGUUUUGACCCUCGAGUUCAACAGAUUCCAAAAUUUUGAAAGUAACACUUUUGGAAUCGCACGAUUUCCAAGUCUAGAAAAACUUGAACUGACUCAAAUGGAAGACAAAAUAUUACGAAUCGACAAGUUCACCUUUAAUAACUCACAGCUGCUGUAUCUGGGACUCGCCUUGAAUUACCUCGAUCUCUCGUCUCCAAAAGUUCUUCAUGAAGACGCUUUUGGUGGAUGUACCAACGUUCUGAAAUUCUAUUUCGAUCAUUGCGUGUUCAAAACAGUGUCGAUCGAAAGGUUUCACAGACUUUUCGAACCGUUCAGAUCGAUAAAAAGUUUGUAUCUUGGAGACUGCGGAAUUGAGAGCAUCAGUCCCGACACCUUUGCGCCUUUUAAGAGUCUGGAGUACUUGUAUUUAUACGACAACCUGCUGAAGGUCAUACCAGAUGGCUGUUUCUCACCGUUGGUUCAACUGAAAGGGCUUGGCUUUGACUCCAAUCAGAUCAGCUUCGUCUCCCCUGAAGCUUUUGAUGAGGACACACGAAAAAGGUUACAACAAAUCGACUUCAGCGGUAACCCGUUCUACUGUUCCUGCGAUAUUCGUUGGCUCCAGGAGUGGCUGAGCUCGCGACCUGACCAGCUGGUACUUCAUGCUCGCGAGGGAUACAUGUGCGACAACCUUGUAAACACCAGCGUACAGGCGUUCCGCAUGAACGAACAGGCAUGUCUCUUGGGUCAAGGAGCAGCAACGUUCACCAUUGCUGUCAUCAUCAUCGUGCUCGUCGUGUUUAUCAUUUUCAUCAUCUUCUUCCGAUUUCGAUGGCAUCUCCGCUUGGUGAUGUACGAGUGGUUCCAUCAUAGAAGUCCACAAGAAAAACAAUUCCGUCACUACACUUACGACGUCUUCGUGAGCUACGCUGUGGAGGACAGGAAGUGGGUUAUGCAGGAGUUACUGCCCGUGGUGGAGGGUCGAUGGAACUUUCGCGCAUGCGUGCACGAGCGCGAUUUUGUUCCCGGCAAGCACAUCGUGGACAACAUCGCUGACUGCGUGCACGACAGUCGCAAGAUUCUGAUGGUUUUCUCUCCUGAUUAUGCUCGCAGCGAGUGGUGUCAGUUCGAGCUGAAGUACUGUCAGUGCUGUGUGAUGGACCGUGACGAGGUGUUGGUGCUGGUGUUACUGCACGAGACGGAGUCACGUGACAUGACCAGCGCCAUGUUUGUAGUGAUGAAGACGACGACGUACAUUGAGUGGGCGAACACUGUUGACGCUCGUGACUCCUUUUGGAGUCGUAUGGCUCUUGCACUGAACAAAACUUUAUCUUCUGAGGACUUGUACAACAACGGACUGGAGUACAUACAUCCUCAAGCUUUUGAAGGUUUGAAAUCUUUGCGAACGUUGUUGAUAGGAGGAAACAAUUUUGGUUACAAAGACCUGGCACCAGUUUUCGGUGUCCCAACCUUGGAGAAUCUGGAAAUGCUUUGCGAUAACCUCGGGCCUGUACCGGAAGGUGUUUUCAGAAACGUCAGUAUGAAAGGCCUUAGAUAUCUUAAAUUUGGUUUCAGCGAUAUUAACGCUCUGGACCUCCACGAGAUCCAGCCGCUCCGUCAUCUGAAAAACUUCACCCUCUGGUCCAGCAAACUCUACAACCUCACCACCGCCAGUCUUCCGUAUUUAAAACACUUGGACUUCAGACAAAAUCGACUGUUCGAUUUUCCCAAGACCUGUGGCAGUGAAUCAGGCAACCAAUCGCUCUUUCCUAGUCUGGAUUCACUCGGCUUGGACUUUAAUAUGAUCGAAGUUAUUAGCGGCCCGAUUUGUCUUCCGAAACUGAAACAUCUAUCCAUUCAGUUCAAUCGCAUCUCGAUUUUUGAGACCAACAUGUUUAGUACGCAACGGUUCCCUUCCCUGGAUGACCUGCAACUCACACAGAUGGAAAUAAAGGUGAAGGAGAUUAGGGAGUUCGCCUUCAACAAUUCUGUUGUGACACACAUCUGGUUUAGUCGGAAUGGGGUAGACAUGUCAUCACCGUCCGUGCACGAGAAGGCAUUCGGAGGGUGCAGCCAAGUUCGUCUCUUGUACUGGGACUACAACAACUUUGGCCUGGCCGGCGAUGCUAGAUAUCACGCGCUGUUUGAACCGUUGGAAAAGUCUAUGAAAACACUUUUUCUUGGAUACAACCAGAUUAAGUCGAUCACCCCGAAUACCUUCGCCAGACUGAAACACUUGACUAAGCUGUACUUGUACGGAAACGACUUUACUUUUAUUCGAGAUGGAACAUUUGAUCAGAUAAAGUAUCUCCAAGUUCUCAGCAUGAAUAAAAACAGAUUGUCUGUGGUCUCGCAAAACGCUUUCGGAAACAAAACGCGAAGUCGAUUAAAAACCAUCGACCUCAGUGACAACCCAUACAUUUGCUCCUGCGAGCUUGCCUGGUUCCAGCAGUGGUUUAUCUCGAACCCGAAGCAGUUUGGGGAUUACAAUCAUGCUGGUUAUCAGUGCUCGAAUAUGGUCAACACUAGCUUGUAUACUUUCUACAUCAAUGAACAGGCCUGUUUAAUAGGUCACGAUGCUGCAGCCUUCACCAUGGCCACAAUCAUCAUUGUCUUUUUUGUGCUAACCCUCAUCGCUGUUUUUUUCCGCUUCCGGUGGCAUUUGCGUCUGUACAUGUACGAGUGGUUCCACCAUCGAAGCAGUCAGGGAAGACAACUCCGGGACUUCACAUACGACAUCUUCGUAGGCUACGCUGCUGAAGACAAGAAAUGGGUGAUGCAGGAGUUACUGCCCGUCGUGGAGGGCCAGUGGAACCUUCGCGCAUGCGUGCACGAGCGCGACUUCGUUCCCGGCAAGCACAUCGUGGACAACAUCGCUGACUGCGUGCAGGACAGUCGCAAGAUUCUGAUGGUUUUCUCUCCUGAUUAUGCUCGCAGCGAGUGGUGUCAGUUCGAGCUGAAGUACUGUCAGUGUUCGGUCAUGGACCGUGACGAGGUGUUGGUGCUGGUGUUGCUGCACGAGAUGGAGUCACGUGAUAUGACCAGCGCCAUGUUUGCUGUACUCCAGACGACGACCUACAUUGAGUGGGCCAACGGUGACGACGCUUGUAACUCCUUUUGGAAUCGUUUAGGGCUCGCACUGAAUGAUGCCAUUAGAGACAGAAAUAGCUUUUAGACUGAACAGGAUUUCACGAGCUGCGCUCUUCAAUCUUGUUUAAACUGAGAAAGCUUUUAUUUUUAAUGUAGCUUAUUACCAAUAUAAAUAUUCUGAUAAACACAACUGUGACGAUGAUUUGCGAUGUCUAUCUGUAGGACGACUUUGUCACACUACAAAAGAGGUUAUGGAUGUGAGCAUGAGAGAGAUUCGGACAAAAAAAAAAA